AUGACACAUGCACAAUUAAAGGUCUUAUCGCAGCUCCUGGCAGAGUAUACAAAUGUGAAGAAAUUCGUGAUGGCUUUCUUCUUUUCGGUUACAACACCAUUUGGGAUCGGUAUUCGCAUAGCCUUGUCGAGCGUUUACAUGAUCAAUAGUCCAACCGCAUUAAUCACUGGCGGGCUACUCAAUGGAUGCUAUGCGGGACUGCUCAUUUACAUGGCGCUCGUAGACCUUCUAGCCGCAGAGUUUAUGGGAUUAAUGCUCCAAGGAAGUGUCAAGCUUCAGCUUAUUUGUUUUGGCUCUGCGUUGCUCGGUUGUUGUGGGAUGUCAGUCCUCGCCAAGUGGGCUUAA